CCCUACAUUGAGCAAGCUAAACGAUGCGAGCGCUCGCAGCCGUCGCCGCCGCCCAGUAGAGUUUCCCAGCCCGCGGACCAAGCACAACAACACCGAAAAAACAGACCGUGUGAGGGCAAUAUACGAAGACCAGUGCUUUUUUCAACACACGUGUCAAACGUUAUCGUGGGGGAUUUUUUUAAAUGCUUAACUAGUCGCCGACAGAGCGCGAGAGAGUGGAACGAGAGCGAGUCAGCCAGCCUAGAGAGGGACAAGGAAGAAAGAGGGAAAGUAAUUGCUGGUAUAUUUUGGUCCUCGCCAACCGUUACUUUGGAUAUCAAUAAGAUCAGAGGUUGUGUAGUCAUGGGAUGUACACUGAGCGCCGAGGAGAGAGCGGCUUUGGACAGGAGCAAGGCUAUCGAGAAAAACCUCAAAGAAGAUGGAGUCACUGCCGCGAAAGACGUAAAACUACUCCUGCUUGGGGCUGGGGAGUCAGGAAAAAGUACCAUCGUGAAACAGAUGAAGAUUAUCCACGAGGAUGGCUUCUCUGGAGAUGAUGUGAAGCAGUACAAGCCUGUGGUCUACAGCAACACAAUCCAGUCUCUGGCUGCCAUUGUCCGUGCCAUGGACACCCUUGGCCUGGAGUACGGAGACAAGGAGAGAAAAGCUGAUGCUAAGAUGGUGUGUGACGUGGUGAGUCGUAUGGAGGACACUGAGCCCUACUCUCCUGAGCUCCUGGGGGCUAUGAUCCGCCUGUGGUCUGACUCCGGCAUCCAGGAGUGCUUCAGCCGUGCCCGAGAAUACCAGCUCAAUGACUCUGCCCAAUACUACCUAGACAGUUUAGACCGGAUCGGUGCACCUGACUACCAGCCCACAGAGCAGGACAUCCUCAGAACCCGAGUCAAGACCACUGGCAUUGUAGAAACUCACUUUGUCUUCAAGAAUCUGCACUUCAGGCUGUUUGAUGUGGGAGGUCAGAGGUCGGAGAGGAAGAAAUGGAUCCACUGCUUUGAGGACGUGACAGCCAUUAUCUUCUGUGUGGCACUGAGUGGGUACGACCAGGUGCUGCAUGAAGACGAAACCACGAAUCGCAUGCACGAGUCUCUUAUGCUGUUCGAUUCCAUCUGUAACAACAAAUUCUUCAUUGACACUUCCAUCAUUCUCUUCCUCAACAAGAAAGAUCUGUUUGCCGAAAAGAUCAAGAAAUCUGCCUUGAGUAUCUGUUUCCCUGAGUAUACGGGUUCUAACACCUAUGACGAUGCAGCUGCCUACAUCCAAGCACAAUUUGAGAGCAAGAACCGCUCGCCUAAUAAGGAGAUCUACUGUCACCUGACGUGUGCCACGGAUACAGGGAACAUCCAGGUGGUGUUUGACGCUGUUACUGACAUCAUCAUCGCCAACAACCUGCGAGGCUGUGGUUUGUACUAAACCCUGAUCGCUUCACCUCUGGAAAUUAUUCUAAUUGAAAAUGCAACUUGGUAAAUAAUGAAAUUUAAUAGGCAUACGUAUAUAUAAAUAUAUAUACAGUACCAAUCAAAAGUUUGGACACACCUACUCAUUCAAGGGUUUUUCUUUAUUUUUACUAUUUUCUACAUUGUAGAAUAAUAUUGAAGACAUCAAACUAUGAAAUAACACAUAUGGAAUCAUGUAGAAACCAAAAAAGUGUUAAACAAAUCAAAAUAUAUUUUAGAUUAUUCAAAGUAGCCACCCUUUGCCUUGAUGACAGCUUUGCACACUCUUGGCCUUCUCUCAACUAGUACAAAUAAAGAAAAACCCUUGAAUGAGUAGGCGUGUCCAAACUUUUGAUUGGUACUGUGUAUAAUGGGGCCAUACUUGCAAACAUUAGAAACAGUUUGCCUUUAAACUGUUUCUCCGUCUCAAAAUGUGCAUCAGCCAAUUAAUAUCGUUGAUUAGUAUCAUUGUCCCAUCAAAUAGCCUGGCACAUUUUAGCCCUAUCCUAACCUCACCAGCUGUCGGUGAUUAUUCUGUAUAACAAAUUCCACAAAGAUAUUAGACUGCAUUUGGCUGCACCCUUACAUCACAAUAAAUAUAAUUCUACAUUUCAAAGGAAAAAAACUAUACCUCACCUGGAAUUCAAACUUGCUGCAAACAACGAAAAUUACCAGAAGCCAAGAUCACAACAGUGAGCUAUCUGUCCAAUUGAACUUGUGUUUGUUUUAGUAACUUUGAUUAGCAGGUCAACGUGUGACUUCUGUUAAGGAUGCUCUCAUGAAAAAGUGUUUGGUCACGUCCAACUAUGUCAACAUUGGUAAUUGGCUGAUACAGAAUUUGUUACAGAAAAUAAUAAUGUCCAGCUGGUGAUGUUAGCAUAGGGCUAAAUAUGCCAGGUUAUCUAAUGGGAAAAGCUAACAAGUAGCGUUCUAUCACGUGCAACUACAUCAAUGAUUUUAUUUGACUGGUGUGGAUUUAAAUGUAAAUGUUUUAAUGAUCGCAAGUAUGGCCCCAUUGUUUUUAGUUUGUCUUCGAAGAGCUGCCAACAGAACUGAUUUCUUAUAGAAACCCAGCCUUUAAAAUUUUAGAACAAAGUUGAGAACUCGUUUAAUGUUUGUUUUUUUCCCCGUCCCGACUGUCUUUUUGUUUUUAACAAAACAACCUUGUUUUUCAUAAUGUUUUUGUAUUUUUUUUAUGUUUAUGUUUAUCAUGUCUAUAUUUAUUACAUGAAUAUCAGUCCAUGGGUGACCUGUACACAUUUGCCUGAGUAUAUUGCUGUUGUAAUUAUGCUGAAAACUGUUCUAGCUCUAACAAUGGCUAUGAUAGGUAUGAUGGUCAUGAGUACAACAGUCAAUAUCAGUUUCUUUCUUUUGUACCAGACUGGGUUUUCAUGGUAAUCCUGGAAGUUCUGUUCAGCUAUUUGAUCAUUUAGUUAAAAGGAAACACCCAGGAUUGAUGCACCCUUUUUCCACCCAUCCCUUCCUGUCACUCCGGUGGGCCUUUGCCAUUGGCUGUGUGGAUUAUGGAGCAGGGAGUCACAGCGUGUGACCCAAAGCCUCUGAACCGGAUAUCUGAAAAGUGUCAGUAUCAGUGCCAACCCCAGGAGAAUGACAGGUUUGGAGAGAGUCCUAGGAACACUUUGUUACUGUAAUGAAUACCUAUUAACAUGAUCAUGUAAGGAACUUAUACUUUUUUAUGAUCAUUUAUUCAUUUAUUUAUUUAUUGUCUGUCCCACACACCACCUCUGCACUCACCACACACCUUGUACUUUAUUCCUCCACUCAUCUUUUUAUUUUUCUAGCACCCACCUCUCUCACCUCGUUUAAUUGUUUUGGGUUGGCCAUUAGCUGGGUUGUGGUGUCUCCCGUCACGCCUCCUGACACAAAUAGCAUGAGCAACCCUUCAGCCUUUGUAUAAAAAUAAUAAUACAAAUAAAAAGAGGGAGUUAAACGCAUCACAUAGAAAACUUUGAGAAAAAAUCCUACAAAAUCCACAAAAAAAGGUAAAAGAAAUGGAAAAACUAAAGAAAAAAAGACAACAGCGACAUAAAGAGACGACCAUCAUAUGGACUGGGUGUUACCAGUAAUGUGGAGAUUUGAGGUCAAGGGUCAUUCGACUGUGUGUCUUGGUAGAAAGCUGUAGAUCCUUGGGUUCUAAAAUCUUUACAAUGUGGAACUAUUGAAGAACAAAUUAACAAAAAAGUAUGAUUAUGACAAUAAUCACAAUGCAGAAAAUGAUGAUGAUUAUAAUUACAAUAUCAAUGAUAAUGAUGAUUCUGUAAUAUUAUUGAAGUAUAUUUCUUGUGCUUUGUAGCUACAGAACAUUUUUUUCUUUCCCCCUUUUAAAAGAAAUGUUUGCAAGGGUUCCCGUGAUCCACACUUGAACUGUUUUUACUGACUUACUGAUGUUUAUGAACUGUACUGAUUAUUUCUGCCUGUUCUCCCUGCAUUACAGUGUCUUUACUUAGCCUGACUUAUAUAUAUAUAUAAUAUCUAUUUUUUUUAUUUUGUUAUUUUGGAAGAACCACUUUGGAGCACGUCCUGUCCCAUUGCUGUUAAGGGCGGGGUGUGUACGCGGCUGUACAGAUUCAUGCGCUUUCUUUUAUUUUGGGGGAAUUGUACUCAAACACCUUCCAGGUCUUCAUAGAAAAGCACAGCUCUCACUUCACACAUAGAUUUGGAAAGAUGUAUCUCUCCUCCCUAUCUGCCUUCUUGAUUUAAAUGUUUUUAAAGAAUACUGUGUAUUAUUACAUAUACCAGUUUGGCAUACUUUUUCUUUUGAUCCCCUCCUUUUUCCUCAAUUUUUUAUCCCAGUAAAUGCUUUUCCGUGCUGCUUUUUCUCCCUCCUCUUUAGGGAAUGGUUGUUCUUUCAUGUGGGAUGUUCGUGCUGGAAUACCAAUCGAAUGUAGUGUUUACAUUAAAAGCCACAGUUUUCAUGACUACAA